CUGAGGCAACAUAGCCGACCCUGAACUAGCCCGAUCAGGUAAUCUUCACUAUUUCGAUUCUCGACAACUGCGCUUUUGUUGUCCACCUCACAGCGGGCUACUGACCCUCACCGUGUACCUGAGCGCUCCACAUAACGACGUUGGCUACACGCGUGAUUUUGGAAGCCAGGCCAGCUUCAGAUAUCCUUUUCCCUUUGUCCGCUCCUCGCAGCAUUCCUUCGCUCGACUACACUACACCCCGACCACCAUCUCACAAUGUCUGCAGAGGUGGAAUCAAUACCUCAAAAUGGCGACCUCGGAGACGAUAUCCCAGACAACCUGAACGGAGAUGACGCGUCCGGCGAUGAUGGAGACUUGUUCGGCGACGAUGACGACGAAGAGCUUGACCAGGGUAACGACCUGAACAAAAAACUAGACGACUCCGAACUCGACUCCGGAGACGAUGAAGGCAGAGCAGACCGGAUUGCGGCGACAGUGGAGGACGAGGAGGAAGUCUACGGAGAACAGAAACAAUUAAAACUACUUGACGUGGACAUGCACCGAGUAAAGUUCCCAGAAGGAGAAGAGCUCUACCUCCUCAACAUGCCUCCCUUCCUAGGCAUCAAACAUCAAAACUUCAACCCAGCCACAUACGAGAUCCCCAACAAGCCGCACGACGGGCGAGACCCAGCUAUCGACCCAACCGUCAAAUUCUCUCAAUUCUCAACAGCCGCCAGUCAAUUCUUCUGGCGCCGCGACCCCAAGAACCCAGAGCUCCUCCAGUCCAACUCCCGCCUCGUCCGCUGGUCCGACGGCAGCUUGACCCUCCAAAUCGCCUCAUCGCCCAAAGAUCACUACCGAAUAUCCACGACCGCCCUGAGACAAGGCUGGCCAAAGAAGCCCGGCCAGCCUCAACCAGACUAUGACCCCAACAGAGACACACACAAUUACCUCGCAGUCGGUCACUCCACAGUCGGUGUCGACAUGGAAAUCGUCGCCCCAUUCGACGCGUCCAUGAAGAUCCAACCCACAGGUGAUCUGGCAGACGAGUCCGUCCUCCUACUCCAAAAAUCCCUCGCAGCAGCCGCGCAAACCCACGACCCUCUCAACACCAUCAAAAGCGUCAAGGAAGAUCCCGAAAAUGCGAAGAAACGAGCAGAACAAUUCGAGAAAGAGCAGUCACGUGCGAUACGCAAGCGAGAAGGUGCCGAAGACCGUCUACUCAUACGCCGAGACAGAGUCCUCGGUCGGUCCGGUCUCGGUCGCAGCGGAGGCGGUCUCACACUUGCCGGCCUCGAAGACGACGACGGCAUGCCCUCCGCGCGCGGAACCAAGGCCAAAGCCCGUGCCCGCAGACCCAACCGUAGAGGCGACAUCUACUCGGACGACGAGGACGAAGACUACCCACGCGGUCGUGGCCGUGAAGACGAGUACGAUCGCGACGAUGGCUUCCUUGCCAACAGCGACGAGGAGCCCGAGAUAUACGAUGACGAGGGUGGUGCGGAAGUGGAGGCCGAAGAGGAUGAUGACCCCGACGUGGACGAUCUGGAGAUCGAAGGCCGUGAGACGGUCAUCAAUAACCGGACGAGAGGAGGCCAACGAGAUCGCGAUAGAGAUUCGACGCCGAAGCGUGCUGCUACGGAUGACGACGAUGAAGUUGCGCCGCAGGGCACUCCACAGGCUAGGAAGAAGAGACGUGUUAUUGAUGACGAUGAGGAUGAGUAAACACGACCCGUUAUCGGACAUGCUACGGCAUGAUUCCAGGACGGAAGAGCUCACACACAGGAUAUUACUAUGGUCGCAUAGCUUGGGGCAGCUUCUUGCUGCACUCGUCACGAUACCGUGGGUUCAAAUGGCUUUCGGGAAAUUUCGACCAGACAACGAGAGCAAAUGGCUGUCAGAUCAAUCUCCCCCCUUGUGUCCUGGCUGUUGGUCCAGGACAACUGCAUUCGAGGAUCGGGCAGCUGCUGCUGUUUGGAUCGGAGCGCAUUUAGUGUGAGACAAACUCGUAUAGGCGUGCUCGUCAUCGCAACGGAGCUUCAGCGCCGCUGCUGCUCUUGACACGACCAUAGUUCCAACGAGGGAAUUGGCAAAGAGUGUUCCUCGUCGCCAGCUCAUCGAAAAGAGGCAGCGCCCAGAAACACAUACUCUGUAACAAUGCAACGAGUUCAGUAAA